AUGUCUCGACGAUUGCCCGCACACGUCCACGCCCGCGCUCGAACGGCCGCGAUGCGCGCGACGGCGCGCGUGCGGAUCAACGCGCGGGCGUCCCGGGCGCGCGCGACGGGUACGCGGGCGUCGAGGGAGGUCCAACGACGGGAUUUUAUGAUCGUCAUGACGUCGAGACUCACGCUCGGUGCGAUGACGCUCGACGCGUGCGCGGCGCGCGCGGCGCGGGCGUACGGCACCGGGGGGUGGCGUGACUGCGAUCCGGUGUGCGAUUCGUUGAAGGAUGGUCGAGCGCGGCAGUUGGCGCUGAUGCGGGAGAUGUCGGGGGAGACGGCGGAGGCGCCGCCGCGCGCGAAGAAAAUCCUCACCAAGGCCGAGCGCGAGGCCGCGCGGAGGGAUGGGAAGACGUGA